CUGUUAGCGCUGACGUUGUCCAAAGGAGGAAAAUGGCGGCGUGUGGAUCAGCAGUGAGGGACGCAGGCUGCAGUGUAGCAUCAAGCCGCGGAAGACGGGGUGCCAGCAUGUCUUCAUCACAGUCUGGAGGACUUGGAAGGAAUGUGCUGUGUGUUUUGUCCGCCGCUUUGCUGCUGCAGGUGGUUUCUGGAGACGGAAAGACUCUGGUCCUGCUGGACAGCCCGAACAUCAGAGACACCCAUUCAAUCUUCUUCCGCAGCCUGGCAGAUCGUGGUUUCGAUCUCACAUUUAAGACUGCUGAUGAUCCCGGUCUCUCCCUGAUCAAGUAUGGACAGUUCCUGUAUGACCAUCUCAUCAUUUUCGCCCCAUCUGUGGAAGAUUUUGGAGGAAACAUCAAUCUGGAGACCAUCACAGCCUUCAUUGAUGGUGGGGGCAAUGUUCUGAUUGCAGCCAGCUCAGAUAUUGGUGACCCAAUACGCGAGCUGGGCAGUGAGUGUGGUAUUGAGUUUGAUGAGGAGAAAACUGCUGUCAUUGACCAUCAUAACUACGAUGUCUCUGAUCCUGGCGAGCACACCCUGAUUGUUGCAGAUCCAGAAAACCUCCUUAAGGCCCCCACUAUUGUUGGCAAGCCCACUGAGAACCCCAUACUCUUCAAAGGUGUCGGAAUGGUGGCUGAUCCUGAUAACCCUCUCGUCCUGGACAUCCUCACAGGCUCCUCUACUUCCUACUCCUACUUCCCUGACCGUCCUAUUACACAGUACCCUCAUGCAGUUGGAAAGAACACCCUCCUGAUUGCUGGCCUGCAGGCGAGAAACAACGCUCGUGUGGUCUUCAGUGGAUCCUUGCAUUUCUUCAGCGAUGCCUUCUUCAACUCCCCAGUGCAGAAAGCCACCCCAGGAUCCCAGAGGUACUCACAUACGGGUAAUCAGGAGCUGGCCGAGGCUCUUUCCCGCUGGGUGUUUAAGGAGGCAGGUGUCCUCAGGGUUGGAGCUGUAAGUCAUCAUAAAGUGGGCGAAAGUGCGCCGCCUGCAGCUUAUACCAUCACUGACCUGGUGGAAUACAGCAUCGUAAUCGAGAUGCUGUCCGAGGGCCGCUGGGUGCCGUUUGACGGAGACGACAUUCAGCUGGAGUUUGUCCGGAUCGACCCCUUCGUCAGGACCUACCUCAAGAAAAACGGCGGCAAAUACAGUGUCCAGUUUAAGCUGCCAGAUGUGUAUGGAGUGUUUCAGUUCAAAGUCGAUUACAACAGACUGGGCUACACACACCUUUACUCUUCCACACAGGUGUCUGUGCGCCCGCUGCAGCACACCCAGUAUGAGCGCUAUAUUCCCUCUGCUUACCCGUACUACGCCAGUGUGUUCUCCAUGAUGGCUGGCCUGUUCGUCUUCAGCAUCGUCUUCCUCCACAUGAAAGAGAAGGAGAAGUCAGAUUAAGUAGGAUAGGAGUUAUAGUUUAAGAAUGAAAUCAGAUCGGGUUGAUCCAGUCCUGUUGCGCAGGUCAGUGGUUGAGAACUGAACUGUGCUGGUGUAGGGUUUUUUUCCAUGAGUCCGACGUGCCACUACAACUUUACACAGAUUGUCAACCUGAGUUUAAAUGCUCUUUUGUACAAGUUGAGUUUCUUUUAUUUUCUGUAUGAAAUCUUCAGGCUGGUUUGUCAUUUUAUUUAAAUAAAGCGAACAAGGUCCCACGGUGUACACCUAACUGCAGUUUCGAUGACUAAAUGCACUGAUCUUUUUGUUCAUGAAGCUUAAAUUUGUAAUGAAAGAUGUUAAAAUUCUGUAAACGUACCAGGGUUUAUUAAAAUGGUCCACCACCCCUCCACUUUAAAA